UUCCCUUUUUAAAGUUGAUAUUAUCUUACCGUUUGAUGGCUGUCAAAUCAGUCGAUACUUUUGCUCCACUGUGCAUAGGUGUAGACAGGGUGACCGUUUGUGUCCGCGGGUAAAUCGAUGUCGCAGAGCAGGCUCAGAGGCGUGACCUUCAGAACCGCGUCAUAUACUCCUGUGGCGAUCGUGUCAUAUGGCAAAGAGUGAGCUAAGUAGUUCCUCGACAACGCAGGGCUCGCUUCUUAACGUUAGCGGCAGUUCUAAACGCAAAGCAUCUGAUCCCGGGAAGAUACCAGAGAAUGCUCUUCCUUGGAAUCAAAUUUAUUCCAUAGCCCAGCCACAAGAUGCAGAGCUGUCCUGGUCUAUUAUUGAAUAUGCGCCGACUUCUGAAAAAUAUAAGGAUGAAAAGAUGUCCGAAAACUAUGGAAUUAUUCGAGCCGGCGAAAUUGCGGCUAUCGUUGGGCCGAUGGGGUCAGCCGUUAACGGGAUGGCACUUAUACUGUCCGGAAAAACGCAGAACUUUAUUGGAUCUGUACAAUGUUCGCCAUCGUCGAUUACGUUUGUUGAGGAUAUCUACGAUUUUGAACAUAUACUUCCUGCGCAAAUCACUGUUUACGAGGCAGUUGAUUUUUAUCUUGGCAUAUGCAUUUCCUCGAAUUAUGGUGACACGAGUACAUUUUACUCAGCUGCCACGAACUGUGUGAAGGAGUUCGACCUUGUUGAUGUUGGGGAUAUUCAGUGUGCCAACUUGAGUCCUACGCACAGCAAACUUCUUUAUAUACUAUUGAUGCUGCUCAAUCCGCUGCCAAUAUUGAUCCUUCAUAAUCCUGAGCGGUAUUUAGAUGACUCACAGUGCUUAGCGGUCGCGAACCGUCUGAGCGCUCUAGCCAUGGGGGGGCAUUCGGUGGUCAUAUGCAGCACUCAAGUGUCUGAAACGUUUUUAGAUGUCUGUAGUUACAUGCACGUGUUUCAUCAUUCCGGAGUCGUAAUCUACGGAGGCUCCCCGAAAGGUUUCUCAGCAUUCUUGCUAUCGCAGGGUAUUAGCGUAAAUAUGUUCAGCAGUGUUUCAGAGAACGUGUUUCGGGCUGGCAGCUUCAGUAAGCAGGUCGUAGACAAGAUGGAGUAUUUCAUUGACAAGCCGCCAAUACCGCCCGAUCUCGAGACGCCGGAAAUAGUUCUGGACGAGGAAGAAACCUCACCGACGUUUAUGCGUCAUCUCAUCCGAACGCUCUUAAUGAUCAUGCGAAAUCCGGCCUUACUGUUUGCGCGGGCGGCAGUUGGAAUUGUGUUAGCGACAUAUUGCGCUGUACUGCUCAGGGUAGAUGGCCCUCAUGCCAUAUCUAGAAUAUACGCGGUAAUAGUACUUGACGUGAUUCUAGUUGUGAUCGCAACGGUCGGCCUUGUGGCCGGCUAUAUUGAAGGCAAUUCAGUCGAUGUCCUACUUAUACAGGAGAGUCAAGCACUAGGUAGAUUUAACAAGCCAAACGUUAUCAUGGCAGUGCGCUUGAUUACGAGAUGUAUGAUAGAGCUUUGUACUUCUUCAAUAAUUGGUCUAUUAGGGCUAAUUGCUUGCAAUCUGCCUGAGGUACUUUCAGUAAAAGCAUGUGCGUUGCUGUUCCCCGUCUGCGGUAUGUUCUAUGGUUUUUUAGGAGCUCUAUGCGCAAUAUUCAAAAACUGCUCAUAUAUAUUUCUGCCCCUCGUGUCGUUAGUAUUCAUGUGGUCCGUUUUGCUUGCGUUAACUCCACUUUUCGAAAUUAAAGCAGGACAAUCAUUUCUAUGGCGCUUCUCUUCACCCCUUUACCUUGUCAAAGCGCUUGCGCUCACCGUCGGAUCCCAAAAUACGCAGAGUAACCGAGCCAAUCUGAGAUCCUCCGAGAAAAACGUAAGGGAUAUUAACAUGAUAUUCACUGUUAUGGACUUCCGGUUAGUACCGCCUUAUGUGACCGCUGCUAUUGUGAUUUUAGUGAGUUUUCUCACUGCUACGAUUGCGGCGUACUAUAUUUGUUUACGUAUACUGAUUAAAAAAUACCAAAGGUAACUUGAGCAUUGUGAAUUACUCUAGACUCUAAAAAGGAUCAAGUAAUCGUCUCCUGAACUAUCUGAAUAUCCUGAACUAUUUACUUCAAUUGUAUUGUUAUUACUAUUUUG